GCAAGCACACAAUGUCUGUCACAACCAAAGCCACAAUUGCCUCCUUUGGCGGCAAGCUUCUCAAGCUCAGCCAUGCCGCCAAAUCCACAAAUUGCGAGAUGGCCUUCAACCUGUACCUCCCACCACAGGCAUACAAGACACCCAGCCAGAAGCUGCCGUUGCUGAUUUACCUGUCCGGUUUGACCUGCACGGGAGACAAUUGCUCUGAGAAGGGCUUUUUCCAGCACGGCGCCUCCAAGAAGGGCAUUGCCGUGCUGUACCCAGACACGAGCCCUCGCGGACUCAAUAUCCCCGGUGAAAACGACACCUGGGACUUUGGCACCGGCGCGGGCUUCUACGUCAACGCCACCAAAGAGCCCUACAACAAAGGGUACAACAUGUACACCUACAUUACAGAGGAACUGCCCGCCACUGUCUUCGAGGCCUUCCCGCAGAUCGACUCUUCCCGUGUCAGUAUUACGGGCCACAGCAUGGGCGGGCACGGGGCGCUGACGCUCUUCUUGCGCAAUCCGGGCAAGUAUAAGAGUGUCUCUGCGUUUGCGCCGAUCUCAAACCCGAUCAAUUGCGCGUGGGGGCAGAAGGCGUUUGGUGGAUAUCUCGGAGAAGAGAAUAAGGAGAAGUGGAAGGAGCAUGACGCAACUGAGUUGGUGAAGGGAUGGGCAGGGAAGAAUGUGGAUAUCCUGAUUGAUGUGGGAACCGGCGACAACUUCUACAAACAAGGCCAGCUCCUUCCCGAGAACCUGGAAAAGGCUGCCAAGGAGGCUGGCGUGACGGGCAUCAAUGUCCGGUACCAGCCGGACUAUGACCACAGUUAUUACACCAUGGCGACGUUUUCGGAUGAUCAUGUGGAGCAUGCGGCCAAGUAUCUCUUUGCCUAGUGGGUUUCCCCCCUCUGUGGUUCUGGGCAGGAUGAUUGAACUCUGGUGGCAUGUUCGGUUCUGAUUUUGCCAGCGGUCGGCAGGCGAAUCUUUGAGCUGUUAUAUAUAGAUGGAUGGCAAUGGAGAACCGUACAACCUCAAAUGACUUGAGCAAGACCAUUAUCCUGUCUAAGCCUCGCUUGACACUCCUCGCACUCUGUCUGAUCUACCCACAAUGCACCCGAGGACUUCAGUGAAUGUAUCA